AAAUAAACUGAAGUAUCAAGACAAAAUGUUAGUUGGCGGCUUUUGGAACGAGACGUAGCAUUAGCACAUUUCUUGGAUGUUUUGCCAUUUACCAGAAAGAUGAACGUUUCUUGGGACGAGAUGUAGCAUAGCACGUUUUUUGCAUUUUUUGCAAUUAACAUGAAAAUAUCUGUGAGAGAUUCAGGAAUUUUAGGAAUAUUUAGCAGCGAUGGAAUUGAUUGUCACGGCAACAGGAAAAUGCGUUAUGGAGCGGUUUUUAGUGAUGAUUUCGUUGCUUGAUCUCAUAAGUUCAGUCUCUUUUACUUAUGCCGAGUAUAUAGACAACUCUGCUGGUAAUAUCAUGGCCAGGGAUCAUGCAUCUGCACCUUCAAGUCUAAGUGCGGAAGAAUAUCGACUCUAUAAAUCACUAAUGACGAAUUACCAUAAAUUAAUACGCCCUAGAAAGGAAUGGAAGAAACCUGUCGACGUCACAGUCUCGUUCUCGUUAUGGCAGAUAAAAGAAUUGGAUGAGAAAAACCAAGUUUUGAAGACAUUUGGAUGGCUAGAAUUUGUCUGGUUUGACGAGUUUCUCAGAUGGAACACGAGCGAGUUCUCUAACAUUACAGAAAUGAUUCUCCCAGCUGAGGAUGUGUGGCUUCCUGACGUCAACCUGGGGAACAGUGCCAACAAAUUGGUUGACUCUUCAUUCACCAAAGAUUUCAAAGUAGAAAUAUUAUCUACGGGACGAGUUUUAUGGACCCCUGGAGGAUCAUUCGAGACGUCAUGCUCUAUUGACAUCACAUACUUUCCAUUUGACAGGCAGAAAUGUUUUAUACGUUUCGCCAAUGGAAUGUAUUCGGGUAUUCUUCAGAGUUUGACAAAUGCCACUGAUGGAGUGGGGUUAACAAAAUAUACAGAGAACGGAGAAUGGAACAUCACAAAGACCGGGGUCCGUUACUUCGACGACUACUUCUCUGAUGGAGACGGGGCCCUCCCUUACCCUACAGUUGAUUUCAUAAUUUAUAUGAGCAGGAAGCCAUUGUAUUACAUCAUCAACAUUGUAGUGCCGUGUGCAAUGAGUACGGUGCUGGUGACGUUUGUAUUUCUACUUCCGCCAGAAGCCGGCGAAAAAAUUUCGCUUGGUAUAACAGUGCUUUUGUCGUUCUCUGUAUUCCUCUUAUUAGUGGCGGAUCAAAUUCCAAAAAUAUCUGACUAUAUACCCCUCAUUGCAAUAUAUCUGACGUCAGUGAUGGCACUUAGUGCGACAUCUAUAAUGCUAACAGUAAUUAUUCUACAAAUCCACCACCACGACGCUCUGAGGCGGCCGCCAUCUUGGUUGCGGUACAUCACAUUUGAAAUCAUGGCUCCACUGCUUUGUCUAAAAACAAACAAUUUUUAUUUGGAAUCAUCUGAAAAAUAUGGCAUUUAUCAAACUCAGAAGAAAGCAAAGACAAAUAAUUCUAAUAGAAAUACAGCUGACGCACCGAUGAUAGAUUCUGUGUAUGAUUCUCCCCAAAGAGGGCGCCUCAGCUAUAAAUCGCAAAUCCGAGAUAGUUCUGAUACACCUGAUAUAAAAGUCAUUCAGGUAGGAAUGCCUAGGAGAGAUGUACCCAAUGACACAGAAGAUGCACUGCAUAACGAAGACAGUGAUAGAAACAAGUGGAAACUGGAAUGGCAAACUACUGCAAAAAUAUUAGAUCGUUUCCUUUUAGUUUUCUUUCUUCUUACUCUAACUGUAUUCAGCGCUGUGUUUCUUGGUAUAUUACCAAGUAUUGCAGAGGCAUCAUAUUGAUGGUAUGAUAGCAUAUAGGUUGAUCAUGCAUCCCAACGAACGAAGUUCGGUAGGGAUAUAGUGAACCCCUCCGUCCGUCAGUCCGUCUGUCAAAUACUAGUGGGCGGAUUUGCUUAAAAAUUGGUGAAA